GGGUCCAGGUUCAAAUCCGGGCCCAUUUAGCGAUCCCGGGGCGGGGGUUGUGGCCGUGAGGUGAGGCCAGGCCAGGCCAGGCCGGUGAAUCGGGCAUCGGCGGCGCCGCUGUAAGCGGUGUAGUUGAAGGCGGUUCCGGAGCAGGAUGAUGAAUCACUGCACACUGAAGCCACCACCAGACUAGUCGGCCUUACCAGCAGAAUGGUGGACUCUGUCAGCAACUGCGAUUCGCUGUUACAGAGCCCGUGCUGCUCUGUGAACAGCAGCAUGAAGGAUGACUGCAGCAACCACGGCCAGUACUCCCAGGCUGCAUUUGAGGAGUUGCAAGGCUAUGAUGUAGAGUUUGACCCGCCUUUGGAAAACAAAUAUGAGUGUCCAAUCUGUCUGAUGGCAUUAAGGGAGGCCGUUCAAACACCCUGUGGACACAGGUUCUGCCGAGUCUGCAUUGUGAAAUCUAUUAGGGAUGCUGGACAUAAGUGUCCGGUCGACAAUGAGAUGUUGAUGGAAGUCCAGCUCUUCCCAGAUAAUUUUGCAAAACGGGAAAUUCUUUCUCUGACAGUCAAAUGUUCUAACAAGGGCUGUUACCAGAAAAUGGAACUACGACAUUUGGAGGAUCACCAGGUGCAUUGUGAGUACACCUUUGUCAACUGCCCGCAAUGUGAGUCCGUGCUCUGGAGAAAGGAACUGCAGGAGCACAUAGGUUCAGACUGUCCGAAGAGGCCUGUUGCUUGCGAGAAUUGUGCCAUGCUGAUGCCCUAUCAGGAGAAAAAGGGUCAUGAUCAAAGUUGCCCACUGGCCAAUGUCACAUGUGAAUACUGCAACAUGGAGCUCAUCAGAGAACAGAUGCCAAACCAUUACAACCUGGACUGUCCAAAAGCCCCCGUUCCCUGCACAUUCAGUACUUUUGGUUGCCCAGAAAAGAUGCAGAGGAACGACCUGGCGAUGCACCUGCAGGAUUACACGCAGGCCCACAUGCGGAUGAUGGCCCAGACUCUGCGCAGCGUAAGCACGGGAAUGACUUCGCAGAUGUCUUGCAUCGACACGCUGAACUCUGAGGUUGACUUCCAGCCGGCCCUGGUGCAGUCCGCGCACUCCCACAUGCAGCCUUUCCCCCCGCCUCCCCCAACGCCCCUGGUGUCCUGUGACUGCUCACCCCUGGUUCAGAACCUGAGGGAGACUGUCGAGCAGCUGGAGGGACGCCUGGUCCGCCAAGACCACCAGAUCCGAGAGCUGGCGGCCAAGAUGGAGACGCAGAGCAACCAGAUGGGGGAGUUGAAGCGCAGCGCCCGCAUGUUGGAGGAGCGCCUGGGUGAGUUGGAGGCUCAGCAGUGCCAAGGGAUUUAUAUCUGGAGGGUGGAAAAGUUCAGUGGCCACCUGCUGGCGCAGGCAGAGGACCAGCCCGUGGUGCUCCACAGCCCUGGGUUCUACACGGGCAAGCCGGGCUACAAGCUCUGCCUCCGCCUGCAUCUGCAGACACGCAGUGCUCAGCGUUACUCCAAUUACAUCUCGCUCUUUGUGCACACCAUGCAGGGCGAAUAUGACAGCUACCUGCCCUGGCCUUUACAGGGCACCAUCCGCCUCUCCAUCCUCGACCAGUCUGAGGGCCCCAUCAAGCAGAACCAUGAGGAGGUCAUGGAGAGCAAGCCUGAGUUGCAGGCGUUUCAGCGGCCCGCCCAGCCGCGCAACCCCAAAGGCUUUGGCUACGUCACCUUCCUGCACCUCAAUGCCCUCAGUCAGCACACAUACUUGAAGGACGACGUGCUGCUUGUCCGCUGCGAGGUGGUGACCCGGGUGGACCAGACCUGGGCAAGGAAGGAUGACUUCCAGCCUCGCUCGGCAGAAGGUGGCCUGUGACAACUGGCUGGAGCCCCACUGCCAUUCACUGGCUUUGUUUUAACAGGGACACAACUGGAAUUAGAACAACGCAGCCAAGUAAUCACAUUCUUUUACCAGGGAAACGGCGAUCUACUUCCUGCAGACUUUAACGUUAAAGACAGUAUGUCUCAUCUUCUGACUUUGGAAUGACCAGCUGUAAUGCUUAUAUCACUGUGGUUGCUACAGAUAGGCUGCUCACUUUCAAUUGACAGAGUCAGCCACUUACCGUACACUGUAUUUUAUACAUAGUUUUAUUUUUAUAAAAAUGUGAUACAUUUGGAUGUAUGUGGAUUAGAAGAAGGAGGAGGCCACUCUGUCCCUCGAGCUUACUUUGCCAUUCGGUUAGAUCGUAGCUGAUCUGAUUGUAACCUGAACUCCAUGUUCCCACCCACCACAGGCGACCUUUCACUUCCUUGCUUUCUCAGGGAUCUAUCUACCUCUGCCUUAAAUGUAUUCAAAGGCUCUGCUUCCAAUACUCUGUGUGGAAAGGAAGUUGAAAAGACGCAUUACCCUCCGAGAGAGGAGGGGGGCAAGAAUUCACCUCAUCUGUCCUAUUUUUAAGCAGCGAUCCCUGGCCCUGGUUAUAGAUUCUCCCACCAGAAGAAACCUCCUCUCCA